AUGAAUCUGACAGAUGAGGGCUCUCAGAUUGGGUCUUCUUCAUCGUCGCACAUGGAAGACGAAGAAAGCGAAGAUGAAUUGAUAAUGAAUGAUCUUGAUGCCAGCUUGGCAAAAUUGGGACGUGGGUUCCCCAACUUCAAUCUUGGAGCGAUCUGGAGCGGUAAUGCGGCCAGUAGUGCUGGGGAUUAUGGCCAUUGGAGCCGAAAAUUCCAGAUGCACGCGUUUUUAAACGAUCUGCAUAAGGGACUCAGUUUUUCAAACGCUGUGACCAGACUUCAAGCGGUCAAAGUACUCACGGAAGAGGCUUUCAAUAACGCCAUGGGAAGCAAGGACGACAGUGCUGGACGGGAGGAGGCUCAGGACCAAAAAAUAGUCGAGCCAGAGGGCCUAGUGCCGGCCGCAAAACCCAAAAAGGCUCCGCCCUACAACGACAUGGUUAUUCCGCAGGACAAAGACCCGCAAAUGCUGGAAGAAGAGCUGCUGCAGCUCACCAAGCUACCCUCGGGACAGGUUCACGACGAGGAGCUGCUGCGGCGCCGCAUUCAGCAUAUCCAGAGUCUCAAGCUUGAACCAGCCAAAACAGCUCUCAUGAUGCAGCGACUUAUGAUGGGAAAGUACGUGGAAGACUCCAAUCGGCAAAGCACACCGGAGGUAGCAUCUCAGGCUCCUGUACAUUCGCACGAUCCUUUAGAGAAGGAGCAGGAGGCCACAUACCAUGAAAGCGGCAAUUAUGGAUGUCCGCACUAUAUGCGAAACUGCAAGCUGCAAUGCCACAAAUGCAGGGGCUGGUACACCUGCAGGUUCUGCCAUGAUGAGUCGCCCAUAGUGAGGAAUUCUCAAAAGCCGCAUUCGAUGGAGCGGUCCAAAACAGAGCGCAUCAUGUGCAUGAGGUGCCAGCACGUUCAAGACCCGCAAAAAUAUUGUCAAAACUGCGACGAAGAGAUGGCCAUGUAUUUCUGUGAGGAGUGCAAGCUAUUCGAUAACGAUGAGACUAAAGACAUCUACCACUGCGAUAAAUGCGGUAUUUGUAGACUGGGAUUGGGUCUUGGAAUCGAUUUCUUUCACUGCGAUGGGUGCCAAGCUUGUCUGUCGAUAGAGCUCCAGGGAAAUCAUAAGUGCAUCGAGCGGGCCACGAUGUCCAGCUGCCCGAUAUGUGGCGAUUUUAUGUUCACAUCCACAAAGCCUGUCGUUUACAUGUCUCCUUGCGGGCAUGCCAUUCACCAGCAUUGUUUUGACGAGUACACGAACCAUUCAUACAAGUGCCCUACUUGCCAAGUCUCAAUAUUGAACAUGGAGGCGCAAUUUCGCGUUUUGGACAAGGAAAUCGAGGAGCAACCUUUACCGUCGCCUUAUUGUGACUGGAUAUGCUACGUAUCUUGCAACGACUGCAAGGCUAAAAGUACUUGCAAAUACCAUAUUCUUGGGUUGCGCUGUGACAACUGCAUGAGCUAUAAUACCACGCAGAUCAAGUUGGUGAAACCUGAAGAAGAAGAGCAACAUCUCGAGAAAGAGGGUCAAGAACAUGGGCAUGACAACGAAAUCGACGAUCUGGCCAAUGACAGAGCGCUGAGAAACCUCAGUACCAUGCGCCAGGAGCUUUUGAGCGGCCAUUUUCAACGAGAAGAGGUAUCGCCUUUGAUUUCGGUAGACAACAACGGCGUUCUUUCGAAUGUCGAAGAGUAUAUGAAAGAGCGCUUUCAAGAUUUACCUGAAGAAUCUACCCAAAGCGGCCGUCGAGGCUCAGGCCAAUACGGGUCGCAAAACGUGUUCAAUGCUGCGGGGUUGUUUAAAUCCAGCGCUGCACUCGGAGACUUAAUCUCAGAGCAUAAUCACAAGAACAAACCGUUGGGUGAGGCAGACACAGUGGAAAGUAAGGAAAUGUUACGGGCACCUUCGUUGACAGAGCGUUUGAGACAAUUUCUCAAUGAUGCGCCUCCGCAGCUGUCAAUAUCAGAUGCAUUUCAAAAAUUCAUACAAACUAGUCAUCAAGGUCUUUCUUCGGGAGACGAAGAUGACGAUUCUCCAAUAAGGACCGAAAACGUAUAG